AUGAUGGGAAACAACCGAAGUUUGAUAUCAAAGUUUCUCCUCCUGGGUCUGCCCAUCCCAUCCGAGUAUCAUCUCCUGUUCUAUACUUUGUUCAUGGUCAUGUACCUCACCACUAUCCUGGGAAACCUGUUAAUCAUUGUCCUUGUUCUACUGGACUCCAAGCUCCACUCACCCAUGUACUUGUUUCUCAGCAACUUGUCUUUCUCUGACCUCUGCUUUUCCUCUGUCACAAUGCCCAAGUUGCUGCAGAACAUGGAGAGCCAUGUACCGUCUAUAUCCUACAUAGGCUGCCUGACACAGUUAUACUUCUUUAUGGUUUUUGGGGACAUGGAGAGCUUCCUUCUUGUGAUCAUGGCCUAUGACCGCUAUGUGGCCAUCUGCUUUCCUUUGCAUUACACCAGCAUCAUGAGUAUCCGGUUCUGUGCCUCUCUAUUGGUAUUACUGUGGAUGUUGACAAUAUCUAAUGCCAUGAUGCAUACUAUGCUCAUGGCUAGAUUGUCUUUUUGUGAGAAGAAUAUGAUUCUCCACUUUUUCUGUGACAUUUCUGCACUUCUGAAGUUGUCUUGCUCAGACACUUAUAUUAAUGAGUUGAUGGUAUUUAUCAUAGGAGGACUCAUCAUUAUUAUUCCAUUCCUACUCAUUGUUAUGUCCUAUGUAAGGAUUUUCCUCUCCAUUAUUAAGGUUCCAUCUACGCAGGGCAUCCACAAAGUCUUCUCCACCUGUGGUUCCCAUCUGUCUGUUGUGUCUCUGUUCUAUGGGACAAUUAUUGGUCUCUACUUAUGUCCAUCAGGUAAUAAUUCAACUGUAAAAGAGAAUGCCAUGGCUAUGAUGUACACAGCAGUUACUCCUAUGCUAAACCCCUUUAUCUACAGCCUGAGAAACAGAGACAUGAAGAGAGCCCUAAUAAAACGUAUCUGCAAUAAGAAAAUCUCUCUGUAA